AUGACCCCUAUCGACGAGAGCGCCGAGGCCACACAACUGUUCCGUUUCUCGGCCGACUAUCUACGGAACCGACGAAGCUUCUGGUAUAUGCCAUGUGUUCCAGCACCUCUGAUGCCAAGCAUCGUUUACAGUUACACGGAAGUACCCCCUUACGGCCCACGAAUCAACUGGCACGAUAUGAGUCCGGCAGUGUUAUUCGACAAAGAUGGACUAACGGUAACGACGGACAGAGGGUUCCGAAUGGCGCGAGCAAAUGUGAUGUUGCGCGAGGGCAGUUGGUAUUUCGAAUGCAAAGUGCUUCGUGGUGGAGGAGAUCAGGGUGGGCACGUACGAGUAGGCUUGGCGCGAAGAGAGGCAUCGCAGGAAGGUCCAGUCGGAUCAGAUGGGUACUCGUACGGUCUCCGUGACCAGGAAGGCCAGAAGGUUCACUUAUCCCGACCACGGCCUUUCAUGAGCGAGUCAUUCGGCACUGGCGAUGUCAUUGGCAUUCAUGUCCAUCUCCCAACACUCGCCUCACAAUACCCUGACAAGAAAGUACCACAUCCUUUUCGACAUGAUCGAUAUCCCAUUCGAUGGAAAGGUCAGCUAGCAUUUGAACUGCCGGACUAUGCCGUCUCAAAAGCAAUGGACAAUCUUAUGGACCCCGUGCUGAAUGGGAAAAAGGCGGCCGAGCCCCCGACAUUACCGGGAUCCUUCAUCAAGGUGUACAAGAACGGUAAACCCAUGGGCACAGCCUUCGAAGACCUCUAUUCCUUCAUGCCGCCCAAUUCAACACAAAAUAACAAGGAAGAAUCAAUAGACGAUGGCAUGCUUGGAUAUUAUCCGGCCGUGAGCGUGUUCCGGAAAGGCAUGAUCAAGUUCAAUUUUGGGCCAAAUUUCGACGCAUCACCUGAAGACGGACUGCUUCAGGACAAGAAAGCCAAUGUUCGAGCAGUACACGAACGAUUUGAUGAGCAGAUAGCGGAGGAUGUGACAUGGGAUAUCGUCGAUGAAGUCAUCUACUCGGAGUAUGAUGCAACAGAGGAGGCUGCGACAGGGAACGCGCAGGCCAACCUGAAAACAAAAGGGAUCAAGACGCUUCUUGAUGAUUAG